UAUAUCGUCUGACAGCGGAUAGAAUCCAAAUACGGUAGAAUGGAAUCCAAGUCAGUGUCAUUCGGAAAUCCAGCUUCCGGACACUGUGUUAUGCAGCGUUCCCUUAAUUCCUCUUCGAUCUCAUGCCGAAAACAUUUGGAAAACAUCAGUGCAACGAUGGACAUGUUCGCAGGUAGCAUGAACGAAACGGAAGCUGCGGAGCGAGCUACCGGGGAUCUCGUUACCACGUUGUGUGAUCCACCAGGAAGCAGUUCGCAGUUUGUUCCAGGGGUUUCCAGCAGUCCACUUAAAAAAAAUGACGGCACCAGUUCCGCGAUGCCAAACCCGAAACGACUAAAACUGUGUGAAGGUAACAAAACCCCCGUUAGGAUGUCGUUUUCCGCUUCUUUUCAAUCUACGGACGAUAAUGAACGAACUGUGGCAAAGUUUUCAACGCCGGCAUGUAAGCCCACACCACUAUCGGAUGCAGAAUUACCCAGAAUCUGUGCUAACUGUGCUGUCAAGUUAGCUGAGGGCGAACGGGGUGCCAAAUGGAUUCAGUGCAGCGUCUGCAGUCUCGAUGUAUGCAGCACUUGUGGAAAAAUACCAAAGCGGGUUGCUGUUCAAAAAACCUGGAAAUGCAACUUCUGUCGUAAUUUAAAAAAACUUUAAAAUUGUCCACGUGUGGCGAUAUUUAGUUGGCGAAGUAACGUUGCUGUUACAGCUUGAUUAUAACAUCACUAGAUGUACAUGUGUGUAUUAUAUGUGUGUAUUAACGUCACU